GUCCCGCAAUGUCAAAAAAUAUACCAUGUUUUCAUCUGGUUUCUGGUUUUCACAAAUUUUCUAUUUUUUCAUUUCCAGCUACUUUAGAAUGUACUAUUAGCAAUCUCCUCAAGUGUUUCAACUACUAAAGGUUUGAAAGGAAAUGUGAGUUUGUUAUUGGAUAUUUGUGAAGUGUGAAUAGAAGAUAGAAGAGUGUGCCAAAAAAUGUUUAGCUCGAGAAUUUACAUAGGCAGAUUUUUUUUUCGAACUUACAAGACUGAUCAAAUCAGAGUGAGAUUUGCUCCAAGCCCAACAGGUUAUCUCCAUCUAGGGGGCUUACGAACAGCUUUAUACAACUUCUUGUAUGCAAAAAAGCAUAAUGGAAAGUUUAUUCUACGUAUUGAAGAUACAGAUCAAACUAGGAUAGUAGCAGGAGCAACUGAGCAGUUGCAAAAUGAUUUGGAAUGGUCUGGUAUUGAAAUAGAUGAGGGUCCUAUGCAAGGUGGAACAUUUGGGCCUUAUCUUCAAUCACAAAGACUGAAAAUUUACAGAGAGGAAGUUCAGACACUUCUUGACAAUGGGUCAGCUUACCAUUGCUUCUGUACUGAUAACAGAUUGCAACUUUUACGUAGGGAAGCAUUGCGCAAACAAGAGAUACCAAAAUAUGAUAAUAAAUGCCGUCAUUUAACAGCUCAUGCUGUACAAAAUAGGUUAGACAAAGGGGAACCAUCCUGUAUUCGUUUUAAAAUAAGUGACAAUGAAGAAAGCUUUGAAGAUUUGAUAUAUGGAAGGAUCUCUUAUAAUAUUUCUCUGAAUGAAGGUGAUCCUGUGAUCCUUAAAUCUGAUGGGUAUCCUACUUACCAUUUUGCCAAUGUAGUUGAUGAUCAUUUAAUGAAGAUUUCCCAUGUUUUAAGAGGAGCAGAAUGGCAAAUUUCUACAACCAAGCAUAUCCAACUAUACAGAGCAUUUAAGUGGGAACCACCUAUGUUUGGCCAUCUUCCAUUGCUGAUGAACAGUGAUGGUACAAAAUUGAGUAAAAGACAGGGUGAUAUCAGAAUUGGACAUUAUAGGGAUAGCCAUAUUUUCCCAUUAGCACUUCUGAAUUUCAUUGUACAGUCAGGUGGUGGGUUUACAAAGGAUUUGGAGAAACAUCUGAAGCCAAAAUGUUACAGCAUUGUAGAAUUAGCCAAUCAGUUUGAUAUAUCAAAAAUUAAUUCACAUUCAGGGAAAUUAAUGGCAGAUAGAUUGUUGGAAUUCAACAGGUUGGAACUGAGAAACAAAAUAGAAGAUGCAAAGCAAAUUUCCAAACUGAUAAAAGAAGUCAAAGAUUUGUUGAAAUCAAAUUUUUCAGAAAGGGUAGAAAAUAAUUCAUUGAAACUUGAUGAUGCCUACAUUCAAAAUAUAUUGCAGUGGUCUUGUAACAGAAUUUCAAAGUUGUCUGAUUUGAUUUCUAAGAAUUUGGAAUUCAUUUGGGUAAUACCUACAGAAUACAAUAUUGAUAAAAGCUCUGAGAGUUCUAUAGACUUGUUGAAAAAUGAAUUGGAAAAAGAGGAAACUGAGCUGGACACUGAGCAUUUGAAUGCAAUGUUGAAAACUUUCUGUAAAGACCAUGCUAUCAAGUAUGGCAGUUUCAUGAGAACUCUGAGAUAUGUUCUGAGUGGACUGAAGGAAGGUCCAAGUGUAGCUGAAAUGGUAGUAAUUCUGGGAAAGAAAAACACUAUUGAGAGGUUGGACUUGUUUCUAAAUAAAACUAAAACCUGAAGGAGAUAUUUAUUGGAAGUGAUGGUUUACAAUUUGAAGAAAAGUUGAUAGGUUUAAUAAAUUAAAGUUUUUAUAUAUUAUUGCAGUUGUUCAGCAUUUUCUGUUAUGAAGAAAUUUUGACUCCAUAGAUAAUCAGGUCACCUUACCCUGAUCUAUCCUAUGGAAACAAAUUCACAGUCUUAAUUUUCACUGUCCUAUGGAGUCAUGGAACAUAAAAUAAGUUCUAUAGACAUCUGUCAAAUUCAGCAUUCUGUCAUUUCAGUAUGACAUUUUUUUGAAAUAUGGAUGAAAUAUUAAAAUGGGAG